AUGCAAAACCCAACUUCUCCAUCUUCAUCAUCAUCUUCAUUUUCCUCCACAUUCUUCAACAUAAGAGAUCCAAAGCCCAAACCCACCCUCAUCCUCCUCUACACCUUCCUCUUUCUCUCCCUUCUCUCCCUCACCCUCAUCCUCUCCCUCUCCUAUUCCCCCAGCCAAAUCCACUCAGGACCCGACCCGUUUCUCCACCCGACCCAAACCCACCGCCUCGUCUAUGACCCCCACAAACCCUCCCCCCCUCCCCCGCCCGCCCUUACCUACCUCAUUUCCGGUUCCCGUGGGGACGCCGCCCGGAUCCUCCGCCUCCUGCACGCCGUCUACCACCCACUCAACCUCUACCUCCUUCACCUCGACCCCUCCGCCCCCCAUGCGGAGCGCGAGCGCGUGGCCCUCGCCGUCCAGUCGAACCCCGUCUUCAAGGCCGCGCAGAACGUCCACGUCAUGGGGAAGCCCGAUUUCGCCUACCCCAAAGGAUCCUCCCCAGUCUCACUGCGCCUCCACGCCGCCUCCAUCUUGCUCCGCCUCUCGCAGGACUGGCACUGGUUCAUUAGCCUCAGCGCCGAUGCUUACCCUCUUGUUACGCAAGAUGAUCUUCUCCACAUAUUGUCGUUUCUGCCUAAGGAUAUGAACUUUGUGAAUCAUUCAAGUUACAUUGGAUGGAAAGAAGCACGGAAAUUGAAACCUAUUAUUGUUGAUCCCGGACUGUAUCUCUCUGAAGGGACUGAAAUGUUUUAUGCUACUCAGAAGAGAGAACUUCCUAGUGCUUACCGCAUAUUCACAGGUUCAUCUUUUUCUAUCUUAAGUCGCAGUUUCAUGGAGUUUUGCAUCUUGGGAGAAGAUAACCUCCCAAGGGUUCUACUGAUGUAUUUUGCAAACACACCUUCAUCCUUGUCCAACUAUUUCCCCACAGUUCUCUGCAAUUCUCGGCAGUUUAACAGGACAGUCAUAAAUCAAAACUUAUUAUAUGCUGUUCAAGACAGCCAUAGAAAUGAUCUUCGACCACUGAAUUCCACUGAUUUUGAUGACAUGAUUCGGAGUGGAGCUAUCUUUGCUGAAAAGUUCGAGAAAGACAAUCCUGUGCUUGAUCUCAUUGACCAAAAUCUUCUGGGUCGAAGUCCUAGAUCAGUUGUUCCCGGUGGAUGGUGCUUAGGUGAGGCUGGGAACAACACGUGUUUAACUUGGGGUGAUGCCAAGAUCUUGAGACCUGGUACAGGUUCUCAACGACUUGAGAAGGCCAUUGUCGAAUUGCUGGCAAAUGGCACUUUCCGAUCACGCCAGUGUAUAUAUCAAUGA